AUGGCGGAAUUGAGCGUGAAGGUGGAUGAAGAGACGGCAAGUGAAACCGUCUGGAAAGCCCAAGGCAAAACUCGCCCGGGAAUCGACGACUCCAUCGCGGUUGGGACAGCUCAAGUUCUCAAGGCCCUCGAAUCGAACCUUAUUCUCAAAACGAGCGACCACCUCCACAAAGUUCUCGCCGUCCUCUUUAGCCCUGUCGAAGGCAUCUCGAAAUCCGACCCGAAGAACCACAAUGCCAUAUUCGCCUCCCUCGAUACAGCAAAACGAUUUGUCUGGUCCAUCUGGCCGCGUGCUACAGCGCCUUCGCUCCUCACGCACGAACCGCCGCAUAAUUUCGGGAUGCUCUCGGAGGAGGAUCAGAAGAGGAUAAUCGACUAUAGUCCUAAUAUUAUGUUCCGAAAAACAUGGCCAUGUUUAAUGUACGACGUCGUACCAUCGUCCCCCGUGGGAAAAUGA